CCUUCUCUGGUUCACAGUCAUGUGAUACGUGUUGCCUUCCCCGUGUCGUCGUCGGCUGGGCAGGAUAAAGUUAGUUGAAAGUUUAUACCUCUGAAGUCUUGUGUUUUUAGACUAAAUUCACAAUGGCAGUAACUUCGUUUGCGAUCGCGAUUUCCGUGAUGACUGUGUUCUGGGGUAUUGUUGGAGGAGUUGUGCCUUGGUUUAUCCCCAAAGGACCAAACAGAGGUGUGAUAGUGACGAUGCUGGUGCUAACUGCAGUCUGCUGUUACCUUUUCUGGUUGAUAGCCAUUCUGUCCCAGUUGAACCCGCUGUUUGGGCCUAGCCUGUCCAAGGAUAUUAUUUGGUACCUCCGCUAUCACUGGCCUUAAUUUGCCUUUCUGGGGCUCCCAACCCUUAAGCAGAGGACCUUACAGUGCUGCACACCAGUGGAUGUUUGCCAUUGUAGAGAUCAGUUGUCCCCAAUUGCCUUAAAACCCUGAACCCUGUGUGAUUAUUGAGUGGCACCGGUGCCUUGUUUAUAUAAUGACUCCCAAAGGGCUGUGAGAUCUGUGUGGAUGUGCUGUGGCCUAAAUUAAAGUAACAUUUCCUUGUUGCAGUUUUGUUAAUAUAUUAAACUCAUUGUGUUCAACAAUAUUGUUAGCAUGAAUGGCAGUUGUUGUGUGAGUGUGUUUAUGUGUGAAGUUUGUGUCGGCUGGUUCAUCAGAUAAUUAAUAAAUGAAUAAAUAAAAAAAAUUCAUCCAUAA